AUGGCACUCCAGCUGCAAAAACGUGCGCUACGCAAGUCAGUGGCUACCGCUUUACGUGCUCUGUCACAAGCAGAGAUCAAGGAACAGUCGAGGAGAAUCACCGAACGUAUCCUCCAGACUUCGUGGUUCCCGCGCGCUCAUUCAGUAUGCUGCUAUUUGAGCAUGCCUUCUGGCGAGGUGGACACGGGCCUUCUGAUAUCAUCUAUCUUCCAAGCCGGUGGAAAGAUCUUGUACGUGCCACGCGUGGAUCCUGAACGAACAGGCCACAUGGACUUCCUCCAGCUACAUGGGGAGCGGGAUCUAAGCGCCCUACCUGCGGGACUCUGGGGAAUUCGUGAGCCAGACCUCGUCUUCGACAAUGAGGCCCGUGCAAACGCCGUCGACCCGGGCAGUGCGCCUCUGGACGUCAUUUUCGUGCCGGGCGUUGCCUUCGACCGCAGUUUCUCUCGUUUAGGUCACGGCAAGGGAUAUUACGAUCGCUUCCUCACCAACUACACCUCGGCGCGAGGUGCGCCUCGGCCGUUGCUCGUGGCGCUUGCCUUGCGCGAGCAGGUAGUGGACCAUGUCCCAACGGUCGCGCACGACUGGACCGUGGACAUGAUCAUCACUCCAGAUGAGAUUCUGGCUCGCACAGAAAUGGACGCUACUUCUCAUGGACUAGUGUGGAGGCCUUGA